AUGUGGCAGAAGCUAUGCAAAGUCCGCACGUCUCUGGCUCUGGUGGGACUUUGCUUCGCAAUGGUGGCCAGAUCUUUGCCUCUCACUGAUGCUGGACCACAUGUCAACUAUGGCUGGGGGGAGUCUGUAAGGCUGAGGCACCUCUACACCGCAAGCAGGCACGGGCUGUUCAGUUUUUUCCUGAGGAUCAACGGCGACGGACGAGUGGACGGCACCAGCUCGCAGAGUCUGCACAGUUUGCUAGAAAUCAGAGCUGUGUCAGUUCGCACGGUGGCGAUCAAGGGUGUGCACAGCUCUCGCUACCUUUGCAUGGAGGAGGAAGGGAGGCUGCACGGGCUUCUCAGGUAUUCUACAGAGGAUUGUUCGUUUGAAGAGGAGAUGCGUCCGGACGGCUACAAUGUCUACAAGUCAAAGAAAUAUGGAAUUUUAGUCUCCUUAAGUAGUGCCAAACAAAGACAACAAUUCAAAGGGAAAGAUUUUCUCCCAUUGUCUCAUUUCUUGCCUAUGAUCAACACUGUCCCAGUGGAGUCUACGGAUUUUGGAGAAUAUGGUGAUAUUAGACAACCUCUUGAAUCUGAUAUUUUCAAUUCACCUGUUGAAAUUGACAGCACGGACCCCUUUGGCAUCACUUCAGAUGUAUCGUCAGUGCAAAGUCCUAGCUUUGGCAAAUAA